ACAAAGAAUAAUAAGCAUUACCAUAUGCAGUGACUACAACCAGCGAACAGCCACACGAGAUAUUCAUGUGAUUGGUAUCGAUCUCUAGAGUUAUGAUGUUCCUAGUGUACUGUUUGCAGGAUAUUUAAUGAGCGACUGUGAUCACAUCAAAUUUAAAUAAAAAACGUACUUGUUUGCAGGAUACUUUUAACUUUUUAUUGUUCGGAAGUGAAGGCACAUGACUGUCUGUCUUAAAAGUACAUUUGAAAAUUGACGUCAAUAGUACUUAAGCAUGAAGGAAUUUAAUAUAAGCUGCAGAGAGCCGUCACUCUUUCACAUGGGUUGCGCUUGCCAGGUACGAAGUCAUGAACUUGUUGACUGUUUUCCAUGUACGAAUAUUUGGAAUUCGAGUCAUACUCUGUGAAUAGAAGGUAAUAAAGCUAAAUGCUUAUAAUGGCGUAUAAUAAGGCAUGUAAACCGUUUGAGUUCAAAUGUCUCGUCUUUAAAAGAGAUAUUGUAAUGUUUUACUGUGAAGAGGUUCUCUGUUUAUGAUGCCCUUGAUAUUUCUCUUCUUUGUUGCAAAAUAGAAAAUAAGAAUGCAGCAAGAUUUUUGAGGGUCAAGGAUAACUAUGUGCUGGAGCUAGACUUGGAGGCCUUUGAUGCAUUCAUUUUUUUUGAAUUCACACUUUUGCUCAAGAGUAUUCGGUGAUAAAAAAAUCAUACAGCCCUUGCCGGAUUUCUGUAGACCACAAAAAUACUGGGGACAGGUUCCUUUUCUUGCGCACAAUGCAUCCUUUCAGCGGCUUCAAUAGGCAGUGCAGUUCAAUUUUCGAACCCACACUUUUGUUCAAGAGUACUCCCUGAUAAAGAAAGCAUACAGCCCUAGCUGGAUUUCCAUUGGUCACACAAUUACUGGGGACAGAGUCAAGGAAAACUAUGUGUUAGAGUCCAUACUGCACCCUUUCAGCGGCUUCAAUCAGCAGUGCAGUUCAAUUUUUGAACCCACAAUUUUUUUCCGGAGUACUCCCUGAUAAAAGAAAGAAUACAGCCCUUGCUGGAUUUCCAUUGACCACACAAUUCCUGGGGACAGACUGGAGGACAACAGAGUCGGAGUAGUGCGAUUCAAGUUUUGAAUCCCCCUUGCUGGAAUUCCAUUUCUACUGGAGAGACUAUGUCCACACCUACCAAGCUCAGGUUCAAGAGAAUACACUUUUAUUCUUUAAUGCCAAACGGAUACCGUUUGGCAACGGUUAAAGAAGUGGGAAAUAAUUUGGAGGCCAUUAAACGCCAAGUUGGGAAGAGCUACAACACCCGUCUUUUGGACGGGCGUAUCUCGUCUGACUAUCAAGUCAACACUACUAUUAUUCUGUGUUUUUGGUGUCUGGUGGUGAAGGAAAAAGUGUGGGAUGAGGAGACACGUGGUUGGAAGAAAAAAUGUUCAGCUUGCUAUCCAUCGAGUGGUAAUUUGUUGAGAGCGCAACUUUAUAAUGAAAUUGUUCUCUCCGAACAAGAGAGAAAAAAUGCGCUGUCUCUUGCUGCCAUCAAUGCAGAUGCAGAAGUUAUAUGUUGGCUGUUCAAAACUACAAAUUCUGAAACAGAGUUCCGAGGCUUCCAAAAUUUGUUUAGCUUGAAAGAAAUGAAAGAAUGGAGUUAUGUGAAAAGUUAUGGUGUGGUGAAAUGCUUGUGCGCUUCUAAGUUUCCAUUACAGUUGCCGUUGGAAGAGGACGACCAAGGCAAAACAGUGCUGGAUUAUUUGAUUAGUUUCAUGGAACUUUGGCGUGUUCCAUUUUGGACCAUUCGAUGGACUGAAUUGUUAAUAGAGUUUUACUCCACUAAUAUUGUUCAUCACUGCAAGAUUAGAGAUGGUGUGUCCUUUCUGGAUAAAGCUACGAGCAAAGCUAUAGUUGCGAGUAAAGCUAUAGUUGCGAGUAUGAGCGAAGAUAUGAACUAUAAAAACACAUGGUUUGUCGCAUUUACAAAGCUCUUGUCAGUAUCUUCAAAUUCGGUAGAAAAUCAGGUUUCCAAGAUGAAGCAUUGCUUUGGAGACGUUUUGAUUGAGGCAGUUGAAAGAGGUUACGCUCAACUUGUAGAUGCUUUGUUAGAAUUCAAAGACUCCAAUAUUGACCAACUCCCCACAGAUGUUUUUUUGAAGAUUGCACGAGAGGCCAUCGGCAAAGGCUACUCAAACUGCCUGGAGAAUAUGUUAAAUUUAUUGAAGCUAAAAGUUGGAAACGAGCUCCAACAAGACAAAUAUGGAAAAACGCUCUUUCAUUAUGCAGCUAAAUCAGAAAACGAAGAAGUUUCUGGAUUGCUUAGUCGAGCAUAUCUGGAAGAGUACAGAGUGAAAAAAGGGGAUAAAUGGGGAAGAACCUUUCUUCACUGGGCAGCACUCACUGGACAAGCUCACUUGUGCACAGUUUGUAUUGGUGAAUUGAAUUUAAAAGUAGAUGCCAAGGAUAAUUUGGGCCAGAAUGCUUUACAUUUAGCAGCAAAAGGAAUUAGGGGGCACUCAGUUGUGGAUAUUUUAUUGAAAUCAUCCUCAGCGAACUUGGUAUAUGCAACGGAUGGUGAGGGAAGAACACCAUUGCACUUUGCAUCUGCAAAAGGAAACAUUAAAAUGGUUGAGAAACUACUGGAGAACACUCGAGAAGAAAAAAUGUUUCAGCAACCUGACGGCUUCGGGAAGACUGCACUACAAAUGGCAGCACAAGGAGGGCAUACACGAAUUGUGCAGCGGCUUUUGGAACAAGUCAGUGAUCCCUUCUUACACCGCGAUGCCCAUGGAAGCACAGCAUUGCACUAUGCUACUGGAGUACAGGAUGCAGAGGUUGCACUAGCCAUAUCGCAGAGCCUCCUAAAUAAAUAUAAGAAGGAAGAUGAUAAUAGAUCUCUUAUGUUGUGGGCCUCAGCAGCAGGGAUUGGCACGGCAGAGGAGAGAGAAGAGGUAAAUCCUUUAGUUAAGGAUUUCCUUUUACAGGAAAAGGCAGGAGAUAGGAAUCAUUUGUUAGAGGCGGCUGCAUUGACUGAGAAUGUGGAUAUGGCAUGGGAGCUUCUACAUAGAGGUGCCGACAUUGCAGACAUUAAACCUUCCAAUAAACCCUGGGAUGGAGAACGAGAUGAGAAAUGUAUUAGAGUAAUAAAAGAAAUUGAAAUAGCAAACGAACAAGGACAAGAUAAACCAAGCUCGGUGGAUAAUCUCGGAAGAAAUGUUUUCGCCGAAGGUCUAGCUGCUCUGUUUUUGAAUAAAUAUGUAGAAUCUCCAAUCACGGUGGGCAUUUGCGGUGAAUGGGGCAUGGGAAAAUCCAGUGUCAUGGUUCAGACGGAAAAUAUUAUGCUGAUGGCAGCUUCUCAGUUGUCAUUUCCAAACCUCCUCCCUUUUGAAAAUUUCUGUGGAGCAAAGAAGACGCCAUUAAGUACAAAAGGUCGAAAGAUAUAUAUAAAGAUGAAAAAUGCUGCGUACAAGUUAUUUCCAAACAACUCUAUUUGCAAAUUUCUACCAUUCACCAGGACGAGGAAUCAACUGGUGAAACUGUUAGAAGAGUAUCAUCCUGAAUACCAUGCCAUCUAUAAGUACCUUGCAUGCAUGGAUGUGCAUAAUCAAAAUUUAAGCUCGGUCGGCGAGAGGAGUAAUCAAUUACAAGCAAUGAAAGAAGCACCUCGAAUUCUAACAAUUCAAUACAAUGCAUGGCACUAUCGAGAUGAGCAUCAAGCUUGGGCUGGUCUAGCAGUCACAAUCACAAAAGAAAUUGAAUGGGUCAUGACUAGAGCACAGAGAUUCAGUACUUGCUGGAGAUAUAGUUGGGCUAAAAAUAGUGUUAACAUUUGCAUGCAAAUAUUUUUACCCUGCUUUUUGGUAACAUUUCUAGCAGGCUGGAUAGCUUGGGCAGCUUGGACAUUAUUGAAGGAGGCAAAAUUUAAAGAUUUAAAAUAUGGAUCCAUACCUUUUACUAUAAUAGUAAUUGUAUGGGGAGUAUUAAAAUCAAUUAUUUCUGUUGUGAAACCAGUGAGCACACAGAUGAUGGGGUAUAUUAACUCACCAGAUCAUACAGCUCAUCUUGGCUAUCAACAACAAGUCAUAUCAGACAUCAAUUUUUUGAAAGGGGAACUUGGAAAAAACCCUCACUGGUUUUUUUCUUUCAUUGUUGGUGAAUGGUGUUGGAAUUGGUUGGGCCUGUAUCCGGACAAUGUUGAAAACACAUGUUUUCCAAAAUUUAAGCCAGCCUCUGAGGACCGACUUCGAAUGAUAGCAUUUGUUGAUGAUCUAGAUAGAUGCGAUGAAAAAGUUAUAAUAGAGGUUUUAUCUGCUAUAAAUCUAGUACUGGCUGAAUGCAAGAUCAAUGUGAUUUUGGGGAUCGAUAAAAAAAUGAUUCAAAGAGCAGUUGAGAGACAUUUUGAAGAUAAUGAUGAUAGAGAUUUAGCAGAUAAAUUUAUUUGUAAAAUUAUUCAAAUUCCUUUGAGUUUACCAGAUCUUGUAGUUGAAGAAUCAGAUAAGUUCUUACAACGUCAUUUAGGACAUCCACCCCCUACAAAAACUAUAAUAAGAGUGGACGAUGAAGACACAGAUUAUGGUGAAAUUGAUACAGAUAAUGAUGAUACAAGUCAAAGGCAAGAAAGCACAUCAAGGCAAGAAAACACAUCAGUUGAAAUUGAUUCUUCUAACAGACUACAAACAGGUAAUCAAGAUGAAAUAAAAAAAUCUAAUAAAAGCCUAGGGAAGGAAAGCCAAGUGGUAGAAAUUAAUUUUUGUAAAAGACUACAAACAAGUUGUCAAGGCAUUAUUCAAAAAGUGUCUCAUUGGUUGGCUUGCUUAUUUCAAAGUUUCUUUUUGCUUGCUUGCAACUUAUCAAGUGAAAUACAAAAAAUGCAAGAUGAGAUAAACAAAAGUGAAAUUCGUCCUUUGGCAUUUUCAAAAGGUGCACGAUUAACUAGGGAAAUGUUGCUAUCAAAAUAUAGCCCAAAAGAAGCUGAAACAUUAUAUAAGUUUAAGGAAUUUGCCACUGGUACACAAAAACUUCCUCGUGAAUGGAAACGCUUCUUAGAUUACCGUAAAAUUGCUUGCAAUAUUCUUUCUAUGAGAGGAAAAGUUUAUAAGCUACCAAGUUGGAGGGUAGAAUUGGUGGCUUGGGUAUUUGUUUGUUGGCAAUGGAAGCAUGAGAUCAACACUCUCAUUAAGGGUUGGCACAAAUAUGCACAUGUGAAAGGAAAGGAUAAGAGGAAGAUUGUGGAAGUUGAAGAUGAAGAUGAAGAAAACAGGAAUUUGUUUGGACCUUCACUUAAACAAAUUGUUAAAAAUUAUGUUAUGGAAUUGAAUGAAUCACAAAAAAAAAUAGAUGGUGAAGUUUAUUUGGAUAGAUAUAGAGAUUCUAGAACAAUAGAGACACAAGGUGGUCUUAUGGAGCGAAAGGAGUGUUUAAGACAAGAUCCUUUUGCAAAAGAUAUUUUGUCUAUGCAUGAUUAUGACACUACAAUAGUUGAAGAAAGACAAAACCAAUAUUUCAAUUGGUUAAAAUUAUUGAAGGCAUUGCAUGAAGUACAAGAUGUUUCAAUGAAAGGAAUUCAAUUGUUUAAAGAAUUUCGCCUUCAUUGUGAAAUAGACAAUCUUCCAUGGCCUUUGCCAGAAUCAAGUGCCACAAUGUAUAACAAAUUGAUGCUAGAAAUGUAAAUGCCACAAUAUAUAAUAGAUUGAUGCUAGAAAUGCAAAUAUUGAUCGAUUUGUAUUAUUGAUGUCAGAAAUAAAAUGCAUAUAUCUUU